AUGGAUGGUAUUGGGACGAUGCAGCAUCCAUCGGCAGUUAAAUUAUCUCGUCGAUUUGUGGAUGGCUCGCACUGUUAUGCUUUUUUCAUGGACCAUUUGUAUCUUUUUAAAUACAACCCACUGGAAACAACCAUCGAAAAGCCCUCACAGUCAGGUAUUUUGUUUGCCCUUACUUAUCGCUAUCCGAUAAUGAUGACUCACUUAUGUUGCUGUAAAAUCGUAAUACAACCGGAAAUUGGAUUAAAACGGGUGAGCUAUUUGUAUGGAAGAGUGGCCUUGAUGAGUUUUGAAAGUAUAAUAGUACUAUAUAGUUUAUUGCUGAAUAAAAUCUUUACUGGUAGCGUGAUGGGUGACGAUGUAUCAUGA